UUGCUAUCGAUAGCAGUGGACAAAAACAGCUGAUUGAUAAAAGUUGAAGGCAUAGCCAAAAUAUUAAAAAAAAUCUUGUUAUUAAACGCCAUUUAAGAUGCAACACACUUUAAGACGCUGCCUAACCAUGGCAAGCAUACCAAAAAUGCGCUGUUAUGCCACAUUGCCACAUGCCCCCAACAAGAAGCAAACGAGCCGCAACCAACAAUUACCUCGUCUUAUGGACUUUCCGGAGAUCAUUUGGCCAUCGGCAUUAAACACAAUUAAAAAUUGGAUAACCGUACAGUUUAUAAUUCGACCAUAUUUCGACAGCGAGUUUCAGAUUAAAGACUUCAUCUAUGGCGCCAAACAAGCGUUGCAGGUGGUUUCAUCGAAAUUGACGGGCGGCGAUUUGAAUCAGUUGCAAGAUCUUGUUAGUGCCGAUGCCAUUGCUGAACUGAAGCCCGUGGUACAAAAGCUGUCGAUGACGCAGCGAAAACAAUUAGAGAUCAAUGAGAGCGACAUCUAUCUAUCGUUUCCCUAUCAGAUUGGCAUUAUGUUCGACGAUGCCAACGAUCAGUUGCAGAAACGUUGGGUAGAAAUCACAAUGGUGUUUCACGUAAUGCGUGGAUUGUCCGAGAUGCGUGAGCGCGGCGAGGAAAUACCCUGGAAUAUGGGCACUAUGCCAGAGUAUCAGGACAAGGUGUUCAUCUGCAACUAUCGCUUCAAGAAGGAAUUUACGGCGGGUCAACAAUCAGAUUGGACCAUCAAUGUGGCUAAUCAUUUUAGAGCCAUCGAUCUGAUUAACGAAGAGUCCAAAUAACAAAGACUCUAUUAACCCUAAGCUAAACUAUGGCUAUAAUCUGAUUUAGCUGUAAUCCUUCUCCAUUUAACCCUGCUCCAAGUUUGGAAUAAAUUUUUGCGUUGAAUUAUUUUUAUAGGUAUGAGACAGAAAAAUUCAAGUGUUUAUUGUGUAGUUUAAAUAACGAGUAUACAUUUAAGAAGUUUUAGUUGAUAUUUUUAGUUUUCUCCCUCUCUCUCUCUCUUAUUCACUGCCUAAGCUUUAUGGUUCUUCUCGUACUUGGCCCUGUAGAUGCCCUUCGAGUCGUAUUUGUCGAGCAGCUUCUUCCAGUCGGCAGCGUUGUUGGCGCGCAGGAAGUUGAUCACCUUGUUCGAGUUACGACGCUGCACUUCAGUGCACUUGGCGCACUCUGACUCGAGGGCAUCGGGCAACAGACGCUUCAGUUCACGACCCUCCGCCGUGCA